CUCUUUCCCAUAUCACUGACUUGGAACUCUCACCAUUGUUGACUAUCAAGCAGUUUGGUUUUUCGGAAACAUAGCAGAACAGCAAAGAUAGUUGCUAUUACUAAUAAGCCACAAACCGGAACGAUAACACCAAUAAGAACCUUUUUGUUAUCCUUCGAGGUCUUGCUACUGUCUCUCGACUUAUCUGAUAACAAGCUGACUGGAAACAUAUCAAAAGAGCUUGGGAGUUAUGAGAAGCUAUCAAGCUUGGACUUGAGCCACAACAACCUUGCUGGUGAAAUACCUUUUGAACUGGGCAACUUGAACUCGUUGCGGUACUUGUUGGAUCUUAGCAGCAACUCACUCUCAGGAGCCAUACCUCAAAAUUUUGGAAAGCUAUCGCAGUUGGAGAUUCUCAAUGUCUCACAUAACCAUCUCUCAGGAAGAAUCCCAGAUUCGCUGUCUUCCAUGCGUAGCCUGUCUUCUUUUGAUUUCUCAUACAAUGAGUUGACAGGUCCUUUACCAUCUGGAAUCGUUUUCAAAAAUGCAUCCGCAAGAUCUUUUGUUGGAAAUUCAGGAUUGUGCGGUGAAGGAGAAGGACUAUCACAAUGCCGAACAACAGACAGUAGCAAGUCCUCGAAGGACAACAAAAAGGUUCUUAUUGGUGGUAUCGUUCCGGUUUGUGGCUUAUUAGUAAUAGCAACUAUCUUUGCUGUUCUGUUAUGUUUCCGAAAAACCAAACUGCUUGAUGAAGAGACCAAAAUAGUCAACAAUGGUGAGAGUUCCAAGUCAGUGAUAUGGAAAAGAGAAAGCAAAUUCACAUUUGGGGAUAUUGUCAAGGCCACUGAUGACUUCAACGAGAAGUACUGCAUUGGAAGAGGAGGAUUUGGUAGUGUUUACAAAGCAGCAUUGUCUACAGGUCAAGUAGUUGCAGUCAAGAAACUCAACAUGUCAGACUCCAGUGACAUCCCAGCAACCAAUCGCCAGAGUUUCGAGAAUGAGAUUAAAAUGCUGACAGAAGUUAGGCACCGGAACAUCAUAAAGCUUUAUGGGUUUUGCUCCAGGAGGGGCUGCUUGUACCUGGUUUACGAGCAUGUUGAAAGAGGAAGUCUGGGAAAAGUGUUGUAUGGGAUAGAAGGGGAAGUGGAGCUUGGUUGGGGCAGGAGAGUGAAUACAGUGCGAGGAGUAGCUCAUGCAAUUGCCUACUUGCACCGUGACUGUUCUCCGCCCAUUGUGCACCGUGACAUAUCACUGAACAACAUUUUGCUCGAGACAGAUUUUGAGCCACGUCUUGCGGAUUUUGGCACAGCAAGACUCUUGAAUACAGGUUCCUCCAACUGGACUGCAGUUGCCGGGUCUUAUGGCUACAUGGCUCCAGAACUGGCACAAACAAUGCGGGUCGCAGACAAAUGCGAUGUGUAUAGCUUUGGGGUGGUGGCUUUGGAAGUCAUGAUGGGAAGGCAACCGGGAGACCUCUUAUCCUCAUUAUCAUCAAUCAAACCAUCAUUGUCAAGUGAUCCAGAGUUCGUUUCUAAAGGAUGUGCUAGACCCGCGGCUCGAAGCUCCCACAGGCCAAGCAGCAGAGGAAGUUGUUUUCGUAGUUACAGUGGCCUUAGCAUGCACACAAACCAAGCCAGAGGCACGGCCCACCAUGCAUUUUGUGGCACAAGAAUUAUCAGCAAGAACUCAAGCUUACCUGGCUGAGCCGCUGAACUCGAUAACUAUCAGCAAGUUGAGAAGUUUUCAAAAAUAGAACACGAUGGACCUCGUAGGAUAGGCUACUUUUGGUUUGACAGAAUUCCAUGGCUUUCACAAAUUACAAUUCAAGGAGGUGGGCUUUACUUCCUUGUGGCUGUCUUAGUAUAAAGAUUAUAGUACUGAGUUUUAUAUUUUCUUUGAUAAUCCUUCUGUGUAAUUAGUUACCAGAGUACGGAUGAAUGUUCCGUAUCAUGUAUUGCUUUUGGUUAGUGUCUAGAGACAAAUACAAAAGAGACAGAAACAUGUCUGGUUGGUGACGCAGAGACGAAAACAUCAAAUAAAUCUGUCUCUGAGACAGUUUUACAGUGAA